CAAUCGUGAAGCGGAUUCGACCGUUGCAGACUCGGCUCGCGGCUCGGUUAUGUGGCGCAUGAGUGUGCUGUUUCGGGAUGUAACGGAGUACUUGAAUUAAAAAUAUACACAUAUAUAUACCCGGGAGACUCAGAAGGAGAGCGGGUACAAACUACGGGAGUUUACGGAGGGUGGGAGACACGGGAGAGCGGUGGAAAGGAGGAGGGAAGACCGUUGCAAAACCCCAACUGACACGCAGAAAUGGCGGAGCACCACGCAGCCAGCGACAAGCAGCACAAAGCGUCCACCAACGCCGCCGGAGGCUCCUCGGUGCACGGCGGGAGCAGCCGACCCAGCGCCGCCGCGGGAGGUGGUGGAGGUGGUAAAGGAGCAGGAGGCCUGUCUGGUGGACUGACACAGCCGGCCGGGUGGCAGUCUUUACUCUCCUUUAGUAUCCUUUUCCUGGCCUGCCUGGCCGGGUUCAGCUCCAGACUUUUCGCGGUGAUCCGGUUCGAGAGCAUCAUCCACGAGUUUGAUCCAUGGUUCAAUUAUAGAUCAACACAUCACCUCACCACAAAUGGCUUCUACGAGUUCCUCAACUGGUUUGAUGAAAGGGCCUGGUACCCCUUGGGCAGGAUCGUUGGUGGCACAGUAUACCCGGGGUUAAUGGUGACAGCCGGCCUCAUCCACUACAUGCUCAACCUGCUCCACAUCACCGUCCACAUCCGCGACGUGUGUGUCUUUCUGGCGCCGGUGUUCAGCGGUCUGACGGCCAUCUCCACCUUCCUGCUGACGCGGGAGCUGUGGAACCAGGGCGCGGGGCUGCUGGCGGCCUGCUUCAUCGCCAUAGUCCCCGGCUACAUCUCACGCUCCGUCGCUGGCUCUUUCGACAAUGAGGGCAUCGCCAUCUUCGCCCUGCAAUUCACCUACUACCUCUGGGUGAAGUCAGUGAAGACGGGCUCUGUAUUCUGGACCAUUGGCUGCUGUCUCUCCUAUUUCUACAUGGUGUCAGCAUGGGGAGGUUACGUGUUUAUCAUCAACCUGAUUCCCCUGCAUGUGUUUGUGCUGAUGCUGAUGCAACGCUACAGCAGAAGAGUCUACAUCGCUUACAGCACUUUCUACAUCGUGGGUCUCGUACUGUCGAUGCAGAUCCCUUUUGUCGGCUUCCAGCCAAUCAGGACCAGCGAACACAUGGCUGCUGCCGGUGUGUUUGCACUUCUCCAAGCCUACGCCUUCCUGCAGUACCUGAAGGACAGGCUGACGAGACAGGAGUUCCAGACGCUCUUCCUCCUCGGAGUCUCUCUCGCUGCCGGCGUGGUCUUCCUCACCGUGAUCUAUCUCACAUACACAGGAUACAUCGCUCCGUGGAGCGGUCGUUUCUACUCUCUCUGGGACACCGGCUACGCCAAGAUCCACAUCCCUAUCAUAGCGUCGGUGUCGGAGCACCAGCCGACGACGUGGGUCUCCUUCUUCUUCGACCUCCACAUCCUGGUCUGCACGUUCCCAGCAGGCCUCUGGUUUUGUAUCAAGAACAUCAAUGAUGAACGAGUGUUUGUGGCCCUGUAUGCCAUCAGCGCAGUCUAUUUCGCCGGUGUGAUGGUGCGCCUGAUGCUCACACUGACUCCUGUGGUAUGCAUGCUGUCCGCGGUGGCUUUCUCCAGCGUCUUCGAGCAUUACAUGGGAGAUGACACGAAGAGGGAGAAACCCCCCGCUGAGGACAGCAGCGACGAGGAUGACAAGAGGAACUCUGGGAAUCUUUAUGACAAGGCCGGCAAGGUGCGCAAGCAUGUGUCAGAGCAGGAGAAGGCAGAGGAGGGCUUGGGUCCCAACAUCAAGUCCAUCGUCACCAUGCUCAUGCUGAUGCUGCUGAUGAUGUUCGCCGUGCACUGCACCUGGGUCACCAGCAACGCGUACUCCAGCCCCAGCGUGGUGCUCGCCUCGUACAACCACGACGGGACGCGUAACAUCCUGGAUGACUUCAGGGAGGCCUACUACUGGCUGCGGCAGAACACGGACGAGCACGCACGCGUCAUGUCGUGGUGGGACUACGGCUACCAGAUAGCCGGCAUGGCCAACAGGACCACGCUAGUGGAUAAUAACACGUGGAACAACAGUCACAUAGCACUGGUGGGGAAAGCCAUGUCGUCCAACGAGAGCGCAGCCUACACAAUCAUGAGGUCGCUGGAUGUGGACUACGUGCUGAUUAUCUUCGGAGGUGUAAUUGGCUACUCAGGAGAUGAUAUAAACAAGUUCCUGUGGAUGGUGAGGAUAGCGGAGGGAGAGCACCCCAAGGACAUCAGGGAGAGCGACUACUUCACCCCUCAGGGAGAGUUCAGAGUGGACAAGGCCGGCUCACCGACUCUGCUCAACUGCCUCAUGUACAAGAUGUCCUAUUACCGAUUUGGUGAAAUGCAGCUGGACUUCCGGACGCCUCCCGGCUUCGACCGAACGCGCAACGCCGAGAUCGGCAACAAGGACAUCAAGUUCAAGCACCUGGAGGAGGCGUUCACCUCAGAGCACUGGCUGGUGAGGAUCUACAAGGUCAAGAAACUGGACAACAGGGAGGCGCUGGACCACAAGCUGCGCAGCGUAGUGCCCAAGCAGAAGUACACCUCCAAAAAGACUGCCAAGAGGAAGCGAGGACACAUCAAGAACAAGCUUGUCCUGAGGAAAGGCAAGAAACUACAAAAAAAAUAAUGGUGACGAUGAACUCUUCUAGGAAAAACAAACAAAACAACUGCGAAGAAACCUCUAACAACCAAUGAAGAAGAACACAGGGGCCGUUUAUCUGGCACUUGGUCUCAAGCGCUUCUCAUUAGAGCGCCCCCGUGUGUCGAGGAAGCGUCAUAUCUGGCUAGCUCCAGAACCGUUUUAUCCUGAGGACCUUUUUGUCUUGCUUAUUUUUUUUUCCUGUUUUUGUUUUGUUUGUUUUUUUACUUUGUACUUGAAUGUGUGGCGAGGCAUAGGGCUGCUCUGCUUGGGUUCGGCGUUGAUUUAAUUUUUGUGGUACGUUUUUAAUUACUGCUUAUCAAUGCGGGGAUCGGGGGGGGGGUGUGAGGAGGUGAAGGGGGGAGACGAGAGAAGACUUAGGAACAUUUGCACCAAAGACCCAUCGACUUUGCUCCAUGGCACAUGUGAACUCAUUACUGAGAGUGAGGAAGGAAGAAGCGCAGGAAGUGAAAGCUGAGGACUUGUUCCUGACACGUGUACAGAGGACCGUAUGCGGUAUGGAGGAACGUCACCGUCUAGGCACAGCCCAUCUGUAAUAUUAACCUUUUGACCAUCAUCCUCUCCUUUAUGUCUGCCUGGCUCCCUGACCUUCGGUUUCAAAUUCUUUAGAAAAAAAAAAAAAUUGGCCUAAUAUGUAAAUAUGUUAUGUAAAGAAUAAGUCUAAAAGGAUGAUAAUAAUAUAUUGGAUUAUUGUGGUGAUUUUUAAAUAUGCAGUUGUCAGUUA